AUGCAAUUAUUCGUCAAGACACUCAUUGGUAGAACAAUCACUUUGGAAGUUGAAUCUAAUGAUUCAAUUGAAAAUGUGAAAAGAAAAGUUCAAGAAAAGGAAGGAAUUUCACCAGAUCAACAAAGACUCAUCUUUGCUGGAAAACAAGUAAAAACCUUAACUGGAAAGACAAUUACAAUUGAAAUGGAAUCGAGUGAUACUGUUGAGAAUAUGAAACAAAAGAUAUUUGAUAAAGAAGGUAUUCCUUCAGAUCAACAACGAUUGAUUUAUGCAGGAAAACAAUUGGAAGAUGGCAGAACCAUUAAUGAUUACAAUCUUCAAAAGGACUCAACUGUGCAUUUAGUAUUGAGAUUGAGAGGAGGCAACCCUUGGGCUGCUUUCAGCUAUUAA